UCGCUCGAACAGGCCCUAAAUCGGCCAGUUGAUUCUACUCUAGAUGUUGCCCACCUCCGUGGAUUUCGCAACGACGCAGCAGGCAGGCAACUGCACACUGCGCUGGACGGGUCCAACUGCAGUUGUUGAGGGGUAAAGGCAGGCAGCUGGCGAGAUCGACUCUCUGAAAGCGCGAAGAGGCCUCAAGAUGAGCCAAAGCUUUUUUUGCCCCCGCGUCCCCCAGUCAGUCAGUCAGUCAGUCAGUCAGUCAGUCCCUCGACGGAAAGAGAGGUGGAGAGACGCGACCCAUCGACGGAAAGGAAGCAGCCCAGGAUUCAGGCCUCGCUCGGCAAGGCAGCCACCCACCAUCAUUCAUGGCUACAGCAGCACCACCACUUCAUCUUUAGGCCGCAACAGUCCUUUUCAGCAGUGACAUCCCUCACGCCGGCAUCGAGACCGGAUGUGGGUCGUAGAGGGCCAAUUCGACGGCGGUGCUGCCCGACGGAAGCUACUGAAGCCAUACAAGACGUACAAAGUCGGCCGAAAGGAGCCAGCCGAUCUCGUCCUUGCCUCCAAGACCGUCUCGCAGCUCACGACCGUCUUUGAGGUCGGUCCUUUCACAGAAGACGAUGUGACAGGGGACUACAGCAAGCGGCCUACUCUGACAUUGCGUAACGAGCAUGAGAAGAAGGCUCUGCAUGUCCUCAGAGCUGGACGAGGCAGCAAUCUAGAAGUAGCAGAAGGGACUGAAGGCGUGGUUGAUGAGGACAGGACCAUCGAGGAAGUGGCGCCGGGAGCGACGUGCCACUUGAGCGAGGGAGACGAUGUCUUGGUCACGAAUAAUAUUACCAUCAAUGUCAAAUGGUACGGAGGAGAGUUCCUAGCUGGCUUCAAGACAGACAAAGACGUUGUUGCGUCCAGGAUAGCCGGCUGUGCUCAGCUAGGUAUCCACCUCACCCGUGAUGUCAAGCUCUGGGUCAAGGGCGCUUCUCAUCUCUGCGUCGGGCAGGUCAAGAUGACCCCGACUGUGCUGCGUGCCGUAGCUUCACUCGCUCACAUCGUUACCAUUGACUACCUUGACGAGGUACUACGGCUUGGCUCGCUUACAGGCUCCGCUACGGAUCGGCCCUCCUUGGAGACGUCGUUCGAGCUUCCUAGCCCUGCCGACUACUUCCCUCAGUAUAUCAGUCCCGAGCUGUCUGCGGAGGAAGGAAAGCAGACACUGCAGCGCAAUCCAGCGCGAGCUCAGCUCUUUGCAGGCACAACUGCCCUUAUCAUCCAUACUGGAGACGAGCUCGACAGCCGAUGCAAGGUUGCCAAUGACUACAUACGAGCAGGUGGUGGACAGGCCGAGUUCCUCAGUUCGGACAUUGCCAACCUAUCGAGUGAGAGCGAGGCUCAAAGGACGCUCCUACCCUACAAGACCUCAGCACUGUCGUUCUUCUCCCGGACUCAUCAUGUUCAGAAUGCCCCUGAUGGUGGCCUUGUGGUCGUCGUGGUCGAUGGAGUGCAGUAUUCAGGAGAUGAGCCCUGGUACAAGAAUCUCGUCUUGGCCACAAGGAGCAUGGAGAUCAAGAUGCCUGAUGAGGGCAUCACAGCUUUGACGCUUAGCCUCAUCAAGUGUGAUUCUAGAGACCGCCUCAAUGUCACAGCUUCGCUCCCGGCUGGGAUAGCAACACCGCCGCAGGGGGACGUGGAUCAAGGAGCUCCACAGCCUCAGCUUAGUCCUACCGUCGCUCGAGAGCAGACCGAAGCAUCCUCAUCCAUACCUGAGCCGUCGAUGCCAAUACCGACGGGAGCUACUGCGGGCUCCGAACCCCCAGCACCGACACCUACCGAGGCCAGACCUGAACACAGUCCUCCAGCACCGACUGCUUCUUUUGCAAGCGCAUACACUCAAGACCCGGAGCCGCAGGGCAGCAAGAGGGGGGGAGACUUUGCAGAACCAAGACGACCUCUAAAGCGGAAGCCUCCCACCGGUCGAAGUAAUCCUUUCGACGCUCUCAUUGGUGGUAGUAAUAACAAUGAGAUGGGUAGUGCUCCGAUGGAUACCCAAGAGCCGGUGGUCGCUGCAGGUCCCUCCAAGGAGUCCACCAGAUCGGCAGAGGAGCACCCGAGUAGCAGCAUCUCCACUGCUGCUCUGCGUCGGAGGACAAAGGAUAGUCGGGCAGGUAGAAUGUCUUCUAUCUUCAGAGCAUCUUACGACCUCGAGGGUCCUGACGCGACUCAAGGCAGCAGUGUCAGCGACGAAAGCUUCCGCAAGAGCAAGCCCUUCCGUGCACUGCUUGAGGAAGAAGAUCAUCAGGCUUCGCAUUGUGCUAACGGUAUUCCGGUCAACGGUGGUGUUUCAUCAGACCCUCGGCGAGGUGACGAUGUCGCUGCGACCCCACUGACCGCUCGACCUGCCGAGGGCUCGCGGAAGAGGCGGGGAAGUCACGAAGACGUGGCUAUGGCCGAAGCAGAGACUCAGCUCCCUAGGAAGCGGCAAGCCGCGGGAGCAACGACCAUUCAACGCUCGCAAAGAGGACAGGAACCAGAGCCAGAACAGGACGAAGAGGAGGAGAGUCAAAGUGCUGCCGCUCUUAGCAGGCGAAAGAAGGAAAAGCAACAGCAGCAAGCUCAAGGCGGCGUCAUACGAGGCGGCGAUGGUCCUCGAGGCAAAGGCCUCAAUGAAGCUCCAGAUGACGAACCUCACUUCUUGCAAGCCUUGGCGACGCACAAGAAGGGCAAGAGAGCCCUCGAUGAAUUCGACAAAGAGUUCAACAACCUCAAACUCACCAAGCCUGCUACUACAAAAGGGAAGGGCCCGACGCCUAAUCCUCAUACUUACGUAGAAGACGAAGCGUACAAUGCUUGGAAGGCGACGGAGCUGGAUGACUUUGACAUGCCGGUGGGCAAUUACGUACAGGUGGACUAUGUCCCCCUCGUCUACAAGCGGCCCUCGAAUCCUGCGAAUUCAGAGAGCAGAAGUGAGUGGCGCGGUGUCCCCAACUUCAAAAAGUUCAAAUCGAAGGAACGCGGCCAGCGCAAGCCUAUGAUCAUGGACUUGACGGAGCAGCAGGACUAUGGCAUGGGCGACGAGUACCUCGAAAAGGUCAAGUUCGGUCUACAGGUCGCUGAAGAUCCAAGAGAUGAUAUGCCCACGACGAAGAUGAUUGGCUCUACGGUUCACCCAGCGAGGAAAGGUCCUGCGAAUAUCCUGGAUGCCUUGAGAGACUCGGACGACGAUGAAGACGACUAUGGAGUCGAGCGGCAGAGGUCAACGGCAAGGCCGGAGACUAGUAAACGGUCAGCUACCCAGCCUGCUGCAGCGAAAGUCAAGAGAGCCGCUGCUUCUACAUCUGCCCCGCAGCGGAGGCGACCAAAUCAUGCAGCAGUCCCCGAUGAUGAUGAGGAGGACGAGGACGAGUCUGCUCUGCCCGACCUGCGUAUCGCCAGACGAGUCGAGGACGCAGACUUUGACGAUUCCCUCGGUGGCGGCGGCGGCGGCGGCUCUGGAUCUCGUGACUACGCUUCUGGUGUCAGAGCCAAAGCAGGAGGGCGAGGACGUGCUCCUCAAAAUCACCUGCAGCUGCAGGGCUCAUCAGACGAGGAGGCUCAGCUGCCUCGUCAGGGCGGGAACGGAGCGACGAAGCGGAGGGCGAUGGACUUUUCUGAGCCUGAACAGGUGGACAGCGAUUCGGAUGGCGGGUUUCGCGGAUUCAAGGGGACGCAGAAGCGUGGUCCCGUCAAGAAGAAGGGUCGUAUCUGAGAUUGAGAUCGUUUCAAAUCAUACCAGCUGUCUUUUGCUUUCGCUACGUGUACAAUUCAAAAACAAGUCCAGUGGACUCGAUGGACUCUCCCACCCUACAUUCUGGCAUCACCGCGACCCUGUCCAGUGACCUGCUCCCUGAUCCACCACCAGACGUCCUCCAUUCCAACCUCCUCAC